GUGGUCGGUCCUUGGCUCGGCUGGAAAAUCCCGCUGCCUCUGCCGCUCCGCGACGGCGGGGGCCGCUGGAUCGAGCUUCUGGCCUGGUGGACCGGGCCCACCAAGAGCGAGUGCUGGCUCGGCGGGGGUCUCUUCUCUCUUCGCGCGGCUCUGCUGCCGGCGACGGUAGCGGCCGCGCCCGAGGCGACGGCGUUCGACCGCGUCCCCGACGACGCGUUCGGGGUCGCGCUCGACGCGCUGUCGUACCGCGAGCGCGUUGCGCUGGCGGCGACCUGCGCCGGGCUCCGCGAGCGCCUCAAGCCGCGGCCAAUCGCGACCGACGUGGAGCGCCGAUUCCUGCUCGAGGUCGUCGACGUCGUGCGGCGCGCGCUCCAUCGUCCGGGCAAGCAGUCGCGAGCGUCCGAGUUCUCGGCGAAUUGGAGCGCCGCGCUGCCGGCCCUCCACGCGCGCGUCGUCGCCGCCCUGGGCGGUGCCAAGUACAUCAAGAUGUCCGCCGGCAAGCAGGGCGUGGACAAGUGGACGGUGUCUCUUCCAGACGCGUCGGGCGGCGCCGCGUUUUCUGGGCUGCUCCUUGAGCUCACGGCGCGGCUCCUCCGCAGCGACGUCGGCGUCGGAUCGCGGCCCGCGUCGGCCGCCGUGACGCCGAACGUCUUCGAGGCGCCGCCCGACCUCACGUGCCUCGAGGUGCACAUCGAGUAUUUCCUGAGUCCGAAGAAGCGAUGGUGCGUCGAUUACGCGUUGGCGCCCGCCGCCGACUGGUGCCGCCUCGUCGUGCCGGCGACGCUGACCAUGCACCAGUUUCAUCGCGUCGUCAUCCAGGCGAUGACCUGCGGCGACGACCCUGGCGGCUCCUGCCGGACCUGGUCGUCGACGAUGGGUCGAUUCUCCAUCGAGGUGGACAAGACCGCGGACUGGCACAAAA